GAAACCACAGUUAGUUUUUAAUGUUUUGUGUUACAAAAACCAUCAUUAUAUAUUAUUAAUAUUUUGAAUGUUAAAUUACAAUGGAACUUGAGUGUAUACAUUUGAAAAAUACAUCGAUUUCGUUAUUUGUGAUUGAGUGUAGUUAGAAGUAAAAAAAAAAUAAUACAAGUUUAGUGUUCUCCGUUCUCGAGUUCAUUACUACUUUAUUAAAACUGGAAAUUUAAUAUCAUUCAAAGUGUUGCAGAAUAAAUCAUCAAUUAUGGUUAAAAGGACGGACGGGGCAGAAUCACCUAUUCCAGAAGAACAGGAUUCUGCGCAUGCAGAAAAACCUAAACAACUUGUUAAAUAUGGAGAACUAGUCAUUUUAGGAUAUAAUGGAUCAUUAAUUCCACAAGGUGAUCGUGGUAGAAGAAAAAGUAAAUUUGUUUUACAUAAACGACAAAAGGCAAAUGGUGUAAAACGUUCAAAACAUUAUGUUGUGAAAACUCCACAUUCCUCACAAGCGAUCUUAGAUGCACGAAGACAUUCAAUAUCAUAUACAUUAUCAAGAAAUCAAGCUGUUAUUGUAGAAUAUGUUCAAGAUGAUGAAACAGAUAUGUUUCAGAUUGGACGAUCAUCCGAACAACCAAUAGAUUUCGUAGUUAUGGACACAAUACCUGGUGAUAAAACAGGAGAAAAUAAAGUAUUACAAAGUACGAUAUCACGCUUUGCUUGUCGAAUAUUAGCUGAGCGUAAUAACACAGAUGUCGUUCGUAUUUAUGCUGCAGGGUUUGAUUCAUCAAGAAAUAUAUUUUUAGGGGAAAAAGCUACAAAAUGGCAAGAAAAUAGAGAAAUUGAUGGUUUAACAACAAAUGGUGUCUUAAUAAUGCAUCCACGAGGUUCAUUUUGUGGCGGUGGAGCAAAAGGAGGACUUUGGAGAGAAGUUUCUGUUGGUGGAGGUGUAUUUUCACUGAGAGAAUCACGAUCAGCACAACAAAAAGGGAUGGUUGUUGAAGAUGAAAAUAAUAUACUGCAAGAUGGAACUUUAAUAGACUUAUGUGGCGCAACGUUAUUAUGGAGGUCUGCAAGUGGUUUAGCUAAUUCUCCAAACAAACGUGAUUUGGAACAACAAGUAGAUGAAAUCAAUGCGGGCAGACCACAAUGUCCUGUCGGAUUAAAUACAUUAGUUAUACCACGAAAAGUGACCAGUGGUGAAAAUCAACAACAACCUUAUGUAUAUUUAAACUGUGGUCAUGUACAGGGUCAACAUGAUUGGGGUCAAGAUAAGGACUCUGGUGCUAGACGAUGUCCUAUGUGUUUGGAGGUUGGACCAGUUGUAAGAUUAUGUAUGGGUAUCGAACCAACUUUCUAUGUGGAUUCUGGACCUCCAACGUAUGCAUUUAACCCCUGCGGGCAUAUGGCCACCGAAAAAACCGUAAAAUAUUGGGCUAAUAUUGAUAUUCCACAUGGUACAAAUGGUUUUCAUGCAGUGUGUCCAUUUUGUGCGUCACCUUUAUUGGGUACACCAGGUUAUGUUCGUCUUAUAUUUCAAGAUAAUGUGGAUUAAAUUCAGUGUGUAUAAAACGAGUGCCAUUUGUGUCUAUAAAAAUUGAUAUUGGAAACAUUUUACAACAACAAAAUAUAUAGAAAUUAAAUUUAAAGAUAAAAUAUUUAAAUGCAUAUUGUAGUGUGAUCAA